CAGUGACUGCCUGUGCCAGAGCUCGCCUGUGCUGUCAGCUCAAGCCCUCUUAAAACUGUUUUUUUUUUUUUUUUUCUUCCUGUGGAGAUCAGUUAGAGCCAACGACACACAGCUGUCUCUGCUGAACGCAGGAGGAGAAGGAGAGGACGAGCAGAGGGGAAAACAAAAACCCGCCAGCAGCCUCUUAACUUCUGUCUCUGUGCAGUCAUUCUUCAGCAGGGAGUGUUUUCUGCCAUAGUUCAAGACUUUUUUUUUUCUCUUGCGAGUGGGGUUACUGAAAAAGAACAGUGGCUGGAGUUCACAUGACAUAAUCGGAGUGAAUGGGUUGCCAUGGUGACUCACCCAGGAGCCUGACCCGUGCAGAGUGAAUGGAGGGAGCGCCUUGGACGCCAAGUGAACGAUAAACUAAAGUAGGGGAGUCACCAGAGAGAGAGAGAGAGCGAGAGAGUGAGGAGAGCGAAGGAGUGGUGGGAUAACAGAGGGAGCACAGAGGUGCAGAGCAGAGGCUGAGAAUGGAGGACGGGUUUUCCAGCUACAGCAGCCUAUAUGACACCUCAUCACUGCUACAGUUCUGCAACGAUGACAGUGCGUCAGCAGCCAGCAGUAUGGAGGUGACCGACCGCAUCGCCUCCUUGGAGCAGAGGGUCCAGAUGCAGGAGGAUGAGAUUCAGCUGCUCAAGUCUGCUCUAGCUGACGUGGUCCGCAGACUCAACCUGUCUGAGGAGCAGCAGGCCAUGGGGUCACGUAGAGGACCCACCAAAGCCAGGCCAAUGAUUGCCACCCUGCCGUUACGGCCCACAGUAAACAACGGGACCAUCCUACCAAAGAAAGGCAGCGGGACUCUGCCGUCCCCAUCUGGAUCUGGAUCCAGGAAGGACACCAGCACACCAGCCAGCAAGACCACUGUGAGGAGAGCCAAUUCUAAUGAACAAAUGGGGACUCUCACUCGAAAAGAUUCGGGCGACUCCAAGGGUAACCGAACUCGAGCCGGAUCCACCGGCAGCAACUCCAGCGGCAAAAGAAGUGACAGCAAACAGAGGGACCCAGUGUUCAAUGCAGAGGAAGGUUAUGUGAAAAUGUAUUUGAAAGGUCGCCCCGUCACCAUGUACAUGCCCAAAGACCAAGUGGACAGCUACUGCCUGGAGGCUAGAGCAGAGCUACCCAGCAACAAACUCAAGCUGGACUGGGUCUACGGUUAUCGCGGUCGAGACUGUCGCUCCAACCUUUACUUGCUCCCCACUGGAGAAACGGUGUAUUUCAUUGCCUCGCUGGUCGUCCUGUUCAACGUGGACGAGCGGCUGCAGAGACACUACACUGGGCACGAUGACAUCAAAUGCCUGGCUGUCCACCCUGAUAAAAUCACCAUAGCAACUGGGCAGGUGGCGGGCACCUCCUCAGAUGGGAAACAGCUGGCUCCUCACGUUCGUGUGUGGGACUCCGUCAGCCUCAACACCCUCCAUAUUCUGGGCGCUGGUUUCUUUGACAGAGCGCUGGUCUGCCUGGCUUUCUCCAAGUCGAAUGGAGGAAACACGCUUUGUGUUGUAGAUGACUCCAAUGACCAUGUUCUCUCUGUGUGGGACUGGCAGAGAGAGGACAGACUGGCUGAGGUUAAGUGCUCCAACGAGUCGGUGUUUGCUGCGGACUUUCACCCGACAGACAGCAACAUCGUAGUGACGUGUGGCAAGUCCCAUCUCUAUUUCUGGAACCUGGAGAAACACAUGCUGGUCAAGAAGCAGGGACUGUUUGAGAAACAAGAGAAGCCCAAGUUUGUGUUGUGUGUGACCUUCGCAGAAAAUGGAGAUGCUAUUACUGGAGACUCAAGCGGAAACAUCCUGGUGUGGGGAAAAGGCACUAAUCGCAUCAGCCACGUCAUCCAAGGAGCGCACGAAGGCAGCAUCUUUGCUCUGUGCAUGAUGAGGAACGGCACCCUGGUGUCUGGAGGGAAAGACCGCCGGCUCAUUUCCUGGGACGGCAGCUACCAGCAGAUACAAACGGUUGAGGUGCCUGAGUUGUUUGGUCCCAUCAGGACCAUAGCAGAGGGCAGAGGGGAGACUGUGCUCAUCGGGACCACAAAGAACUUUGUUUUGCAAGGCAGUUUGGAUGGAGAGUUCGUGCCCAUUACACAGGGUCACAUUGAUGAGUUGUGGGGUUUAGCCAUACAUCCCUGGAAAACUCAGUUCCUGACCUGUGGGUAUGACAGGCAGGUCUGCCUGUGGGACUCAAGCUCCCAUCAGCUCAUCUGGACCAAGAGCAUGGAAGAUGCUGCCCAGUCAGCAGGCUUCCAUCCUUCUGGAGCCGUGGUUGCAGUAGGAACCCAGACGGGCAGGUGGCUUGUACUGGACACAGACUCCAAGGAUUUAGUCACAGUGCACACAGAUGGGAAUGAACAGCUGUCGGUUAUGCGCUAUGGGCCAGAUGGUAACUUCCUGGCCAUCGGAUCCCACGACAACUACAUCUAUAUCUAUGCUGUGGCAGAAAAUGGGAGGAAGUACAGUCGAGUGGGGAAGUGCUCGGGUCACUCCAGUUUCAUUACUCAUCUGGACUGGUCCGUGGACUCUCAGUACCUGGUAUCAAAUUCAGGCGACUAUGAGAUACUAUACUGGAUCCCAUCAGUGUGUAAACAGGUGGUCAGUGAGACCACCAGAGAUAUUGAGUGGGCCACUAACACCUGCACUCUGGGCUUCCAGGUCUUUGGCCUGUGGCCCGACGGCUCAGACGGCACCGACAUCAACGCCGUGUGCAGAUCCAAUGAUAAGAGCCUCCUGGUUACAGGUGACGACUUUGGGAAGGUCCACCUCUUUUCGUACCCCUGCUCGCAGUUCAGGGCUCCCAGCCAUGUUUACGGUGGCCACAGCAGUCACGUAACCAAUGUAAACUUCCUGUAUGAUGACAGCUAUCUGGUGUCGACUGGUGGGAAGGACAUGAGCGUGAUGCAGUGGAGGAUAGUCUGAGCGAGCAGACAGAAAUGAUACUGUCCAGCUUCUUGCUGCUGUGGCUGAAGCAAACUGCACUAAACUGAACCAAACCAAACGUACAUGAACUCAGAAGCUGAAACAGAAGUGGAUCUGAAUGAACUGAAGUGGUUUGACUGAAGAGAAACUUUGACCUGAGGUUUCCUCCCUAAUCUGCACACAGAUCCUAACUGCGAUGAACUGUCAGGGGUCUGAUGUGCGUCUGCUUGAAAUACAAAAAAAAAAAGUCCUCUUAUUUUCCCUUUUUUUUCUGUCUCUCACACUACACACAAAAAGAAAUCUCCUUCUCACGUACUGUAGCCUUGCACCCAGUGACAUGACACACAGCAAAACAAACAGAUCAACGCGAAACCAAAGGCUCUGACUCGAUGACUGCAUUUUUACAGUUUGGCUUUCACUGUUCUCGUGUAGUGCACACUCCUGCCACAGAUAAUGGACUGAAGAGGUUUGUUUUGCUGCCUUUCAGAGCCCCUCCUGACUGAGCUGGAGAUCCAAGAGCACUGCAACAAAAACUGUGUACAAAAGAAAGUACAGUGUGAUAUUUUUUGUUUCUCUAAUUGUUAAACUUUUAUUUGUAUUUAACACUCAGGAAAGCCCUAGUGAAAAAGACCCUUCCCCUUUUUGUCAGCACUGUCAUAUCAGAAAGAGUCUCUGACGGCCCUAAAAACAUCUCACUAAAAUAUUCAGAGGUCUCAUUAACGGUUAAUAUUAGAUCCAACUGUUGUUCAGCCACUAUUAAUUCCUUUGCAUUGACUAUUAUGUGGGAGCGAGGAGGGUACUGGUGAUUACAGGUGUUUACCCAAUAUUUGAAACUAUGAGAAUAUAAUAAGAAAUUUAUUUGGGAAUUAUUUGAGCAUAUUCCAAAUGUUUAUACUUCCAGCUCUUCCAAGGACCCCUUUUCUAUUAUUUAUUGAUUAAGUGUAAAAUCCUUCACUGCCAGUUUUAUUUCCUUUGGUUGAUUUUUUUUUUUUUUUCCUGCAAUGAAUCUCUGUUCAGAUGGGUAAAUGUGCUAAAAAAAAAAAGCUUGAAACAGAUCUGAGGAAAUUGUGGGUAAAAUCUACACUAUUUGGUUUGCUUGGUUUCUCCUGCUUUUGCCUGGAGUGCGAGGAGAAUCCAAAUCGAGCAUAUACUGAGGUUUUCAGUGAUGUGAAGCCCUUUCAAAUCCACAUUUUAUUGUACCUACAUGAGUUUAUGAAGGGGAGGAAUGAGACCAUUACACUGUAACUGUCUGAUGUGCUUCUCAGCUGUGCACCAUCAGUCACUGGCAAGAUAUUUAACUGAACUGUAACCUCUUGAGGUCUUUUUUUUUCUUUCUAUAAUGCACUGCUUCUAGCCUGAUUAAAAAAUAAUACAGCAGGUCUAUUAAGCUAAUUAACAUUAAGCACUUACUAGAGCUUUUCAUAAACCAACGUUUGCUCUCAGGCUUUUAAGCUGUCUGCCAUCCAGUCAGUGGUACGAUGCGUAGCAUGUCACACUCCUUAUGGUUAACGGAAAAGUCGAACUUACACACAUGCAUGAGUAAACGGGACUUCUUGGGUUUUUUUUUUUUAAAGUGAUCUUGGAUUGGGGUUUAGCUGAUUUUAGUGUGAACAUAGCUGCUGCUGUUAUGAGGCACAAUGAGGUGGUUUUAAAAUCCUGAAGCCCAGCUGAUUGUUUUAUUGAUUUUGUUUUAUCAGGAAAUUUUCAGACACCCUUUAACAACAGUGAUUUUAAGCUGCCACUCUACAGAGUGAAUGUAAUAUUUCUUUGUCUUACCACUCUAGACUUGGGACUUGGGGUCAAAUACCACUGAACAUUUGAAAUCUGUCUGAAAGUAAACGAAACAUGAAAUACCUGUGA